GCGAAAAGCAUUUAGUUGUGCUGUAUGUACCAUGCCGAGCAGAUCGUUAAGCUAGAGAUCCGUAUGUGAAAGUCCGUCGUGGUUGUACGCGCAGUGUACGAGUUGGAAGUGUAAAUAGACCGUUAUGGAUCCCUUACUGAUUGUCAUUCUUGCACUUGGAUUAUUCCAUGGAGAAGCUCUAGGCUAUCCCACUAAAGAUGAAUCCGAUGUGAUCAUAAUUGAACUAGAAAAUGAUGAUAUGAAACCCACUAUAUUGGACUGUGAAUACGAAAUCACCAACGAUCCUAUAUUUCUUACUUUAAAAUGGUUUAGAAACGAAAAGACCAUCUACCAGUGGAUUCGUGGAAAACAACCAGCUCCAAUCCCUGAAUUUAAAAAUGAGAUUGAUAGUUCAUUUGAGAGUUCAACAGAUCCCAACCAUCAGUACAGUUCGUUGGCUCUUAUCAAUCCUACUAUUAACGCCACCGGCGACUACAAGUGCGUGGUCCAAACAAACACUGAAACGUUCACAAAGCACCAAAAAGUUCAAGUUAUUGACAUCAGGAACUACACCUUGCAGCUGAACCAUCUCAAAAUACAGAACGAGACGCAACUGGAGUGCGUCGUGUCCAAUAUUUAUCCAAGACCCAUCCUAACAAUAAUGUCGAAUGAUGAGGAUGUUAUCAUGAAGGAUAUACCUCGCGUUGAUGUGGACGAGGAUGGUUACUUCAAUGCCACUACCGUAGUGGCGGUAUACGAUACCGACGAAGAUCCCGAUGCCUACCAGUGCACGGUUUCCUUUGAGGACUACGGGAAGAAUAUAACAACUUUUACAAUAUCGGGAUCAUCGGGUGUCAGUCACAUCGAUUUUAACCUGUGGUUGUUUUGCUUUCUGUACUAUCUGCUUUCUAAAUUGAAAGUCUUAAUUUAAAUAAACCAGUUGUUGAUUUUUAUUGUUACUAAAAAUUAUGUUUAUUAUAUUCUGUUUGCCAUUGAACGCUCCUUUUCGGCGUAGCUAUCCAUUUUGUAAAUAAAUACGAAUACUUCAUAAAACCAA